AUGGUCUUCAUUCUCGGUGUCAACUUCCACGAGGGCAAACUCGUCAAGAAAGCACUCGAAUCAUUCUAUGCAUUAGGGCCCACAACGUCCGCCCGCAUCUUGGCAAAAUACUCAAUACACAAUCUCGCCAAGGUCGGAUCGCUAAGUCCGAAAACCGUCACGUCCUUAACAGCCGAGCUGUCACAGAUGACGAUUGAGACGGACGCUAGGAGGGUAGUUCAAGACAAUAUCAAACGGCUGAAGGACAUAGGGUCGUACCGUGGUCGUCGCCAUGCCAUGGGUCUACCCGUGCGAGGUCAGCGAACAAGGACUCAAACGGCUACAGCCAACAAGCUCAAUCGGGUGGAUCGCCGGUCCUGA